AAAAGACGACGGCGGCGUCGGCUGCGGCAUCACCAGGGGUAUAGAUACGGCGGAGGCCGUUGUGCUCUCUGCUCUGUCUGGGUUGGAGGUGACCGCUGCCAAGCCUCGCUAGGCGGCCGGCUGAACCAGACGGAAAGGAGACAGAAGCCUGUUUGCAGAUCCUGCCCAGCCCUCUCGCUGCGCCAUGGCUUAAGCCCACAGCCUCCUUGCCAAGCAUCUCCUUGCUCGGCCGGGGUCUGCUAGACACCGCAGUCGCAGAGAGGGCGCGCCCAGACGCCCUAGGCCUGGACUCUGGGACGCCGAGCCUCGCUCCCAUUCUUCACUGGUCACAGCAGGUCCUCUGCAGAAGGCGUUUACAGCCGGUAAUCGAGGGACUUUACGGACUUUCAGUGGUACCUCGUCCCCGGGUGCUUUUUGAGGGAGGAGGACGAGGCAAAGGGCUUUUAAGGGGAGGAAGCAGUGGGAUCCACAUUGGCGGGUCUGGGUUGGAGUUAAAGGGAGAUCGGAGGUUUGAUUUAGGACCACAAAAAGGCUUUGCGACUAGCAUUAUGGCGUGGCCGUGCAUCACUAGGGCCUGCUGCAUAGCCCGCUUCUGGAACCAGCUGGACAAGGCGGACAUUGCGGUGCCGCUGGUUUUCACCAAGUACUCGGAGGCCACCGAACAUCCAGGCGCCCCUCCGCAGCCACCAGCGCCGCCGCAGCCCGGGUUAGCGCCCCCCUCGCGUGCUGUCGCCAUAGAGACGCAGCCAGCCCAGGGAGAGUCGGAUGCAGUUGCCCGGGCAACAGGGCCGGCACCCGGGCCCAGCGGUGACCGCGAGACUGCAGCCGCCCCCGGCCGGAGCGGGCUGGGCUUGGGCGCGGCCUCCGGCUCCACUUCCGGCUCAGGCCCGGCGGACUCGGUGAUGCGACAGGACUACCGUGCCUGGAAGGUGCAGCGGCCCGAGCCCAGCUGCCGGCCGCGAAGCGAGUACCAGCCGUCCGACGCGCCCUUCGAGCGCGAGACCCAGUACCAGAAGGACUUCCGCGCCUGGCCACUGCCCCGCCGCGGGGACCACCCCUGGAUCCCCAAGCCCGUGCAGAUCCCUGCGACUUCGCAGCCUUCCCCGCCUGUUCUCGGGAUGCCCAAGCGUCGGCCUCAAAGCCAAGAGCGCGGGCCCAUACAACUUUCUGCUGAUGCCCGGGACCCGGAGGGUGCUGGAGGAGCCGGGGUGCCGGCGGCCGGAAAGGCGUCCGGUGCAGACCAGCGUGACACACGCCGGAAGGCAGGGCCAGCAUGGAUGGUGACUCGCACCGAAGGGCACGAGGAGAAGCCUCUGCCCCCGGCCCAGUCCCAGACCCAGGAAGGCGGUCCUGCAGCUGGAAAGGCGUCCGGUGCAGAUCAGCGUGACACACGCCGGAAGGCGGGACCCGCGUGGAUGGUGACUCGCACCGAAGGGCACGAGGAGAAGCCUCUGCCCCCGGCCCAGUCCCAGACCCAGGAAGGCGGUCCUGCAGCUGGAAAGGCGUCCGGUGCAGAUCAGCGUGACACACGCCGGAAGGCGGGACCCGCGUGGAUGGUGACUCGCACCGAAGGGCACGAGGAGAAGCCUCUGCCCCCGGCCCAGUCCCAGACCCAGGAAGGCGGUCCUGCAGCUGGAAAGGCGUCCGGUGCAGAUCAGCGUGACACACGCCGGAAGGCGGGACCCGCGUGGAUGGUGACUCGCACCGAAGGGCACGAAGAGACGCCGCUGCCACCCGCCCAGUCCCAGACCCAGGAGGGCGGCCCUGCCGCUGGAAAGGCGUCCGGUGCAGAUCAGCGUGACACACGCCGGAAGGCGGGACCCGCGUGGAUGGUGACUCGCACCGAAGGGCACGAAGAGACGCCGCUGCCACCCGCCCAGUCCCAGACCCAGGAGGGCGGCCCUGCCGCUGGAAAGGCAUCUGGUGCAGAUGAACGCGACACGAGGAGGAAGGCGGGGCCGGCCUGGAUGGUGCGUCGCUCCGAGGGGCACGAGCAGACGACCGCUGCCCAUGCCCAAGGCACAGGGCCCGAAGGAGGCAAAGGGCGCGCGGUGGCUGAUGCCCUCAACAGGCAAAUUCGGGAGGAGGUGACGAGUACAGUAAGCAGCUCCUACAGGAACGAAUUCAGAGCGUGGACAGACAUCAAGCCUGUGAAACCAAUCAAAGCCAAGCCCCAGUACAAGCCCCCAGAUGACAAGAUGGUUCACGAAACCAGCUACAGUGCCCAGUUCAAAGGGGAGGCCAGUAAGCCCACCACAGCGGACAACAAGGUCGUGGAUCGCAGAAGAAUACGAAGCCUCUACAGUGAGCCUUUCAAGGAAUCCCCGAAGGUGGAGAAACCUAGUGUUCAGAGUUCCAAACCAAAAAAGACCUCAACGAGCCAGAAGCCCCUGAGGAAGGCCAAAGACAAGCAGGUGGCGUCGGGCCAGGCCGCCAAGAAAAAGACCACAGAGAGCCCCAGUGCCACCAAACCUGACGACAAGGAGCAAAGCAAAGAGAUGAACAAUAAACUGGCUGAGGCGAAAGAGUAAAUGUCCCCGCACUUUCCUUUUCUCCCCUCCCCACCCCUAUGUUUAAACCAACAAACAAAAAAAGGCCACAAAACUAAUUAGAGACUUCCCAUCUGCCUUGGUUCCAAGUGUCCCAGGAGCCCUGCAGUUGGUUUCUUAUGGGAGAAAUCAUGUUUCUGAGGCCACUGACUCUUACUACAAGUGGCACAGCAUCUAGCCAAGGUCCCCCAGGAGGCCAGGAAGCAGUGUGCACUGGUUGUGCCCUUCCUGUGGGUCUGGGUUGGGUCAGGUCUUAGUUCUGCCAAGCCUAGCUCCUGGUGGGACUUGGAGGAGUUUCAAGCCCUCUUCCCCCUAGCUUCCCCCCUUCCCCAGUUUGCAUCACGCCAUUUUGGACUUUAGGCAAAUUUUCUUUCCCAAGUUCACUGGAUGCUUGCAUGCUGCCCAAGUUCAGCUUGGGUUUCAGCCGUUAGAACUUGUGGAAAUGGUAAAGACAAUAGAACAAGAAACCAACCUUGGCCUUACUGUCAGUGAAAUGGAAUUGUGUCUGUUAACUAGAAGAAACCCUCUCCUGGAACCUCUGUUAGGAGUGUGUGCCUGUGUUUUGUGCCUAUCGGUGGGCUUUGAAUAGUGUGUCAAGUAAUAGGCCACUGGCUGAGGCCAGCCAGAAGUGACAGAGUAUUGGGAUGCUGUAGAUGGUGUAGGAGGCGCUCUGAGCAUUGGGAGCCCGCUUUUCUCUGCCCUUAGCUUACUGCUGAUGUGCCGAACGGCUGUUAAGAGAGAAUGGUCAGGUGCGAGACGGCACGCAGCACACUUACUAGGACUUUCUGUCCCUGCGGUGUGCAGGUGGAGUGUGUAAACAUGACGGCGAGUGUGGUAAUGCACCCUCCAGCCCCCGAGCUCUUGCUCUGCUCCACAGAGAGGCCCGUGUGCUGAGCAUCUGGCCGGAGUGCGAGGCGAGUCCUGCCAAGAGCUUAGCAAGCGUCCUUGACUUCCCAUGCUAAGAAACGGCUCUUGAUGCACUCCAUGUUGCAAUGUCGCCCGGGUGUGGCCAAAACCCCCUAGAGUUGUGUUGUAGGACUUAGGGAAUGGUUGUGAAAGGGAUCUGCCUUCCUUACUUAUGAGAGAACCCAAACUGUCCACCAGAAAUGUCCUGGUGAAAUGGACGUGGCUCCUGUCCUGGAGGUUCUCCUUGCUGUGUUCUGAGUAGCUGAGAUGGUGUAACCCAGCUUGCUUUCUCCUGUGGUGAGUGGUUCAGAGGGCAGGGCUGGCGGCUCCUCGGUCUCUUCAGGUCCCUGCAGUUUGGGAAGGUGGAGCUCUCAAGAGCCAACUUAGUCUGUCUGUGCAGACAGAGAAGGUUUUGUUUGCACCUUGUGGGCCUGCUUGAGACAUGUUUGGAAAUGAAUGCACCAGCGCUGGGCGAGCCUUUGUUUUGAACAGAGCAGACUAGAAAUGAAGCCCACAGCAUAACCUGAUGCCAUUUUCUGACUCAGGGCAUGGACUGUGAGGGAGACAGGCUAGAGAAGGGAGGAGACAUUGAUGAGUCUCGUUACCACAACUCACAGGUUUCACAGGCCUGUUCAGAAAUGCCUAGAGCUCAGUACUGUUCCUGGCUACCUGUUAGCCAGCCUUACUGUUUACCAGAGAACUCUAUCAAGUGCUCCAACUGUAGCUGCCAGUGCGUGUCCUCUCAAUCCCCGGCGACAGUCAGAUCUGCUGUUAGCCACACUUUGAUUUCCCUGUAGAAUAACCCUAUGUUUUGUAGAUCGAGUAAGUCAGAGUUUACAGUGCACAGGGAUCCUUCAUUCAGUGUUCAUGUUCUGCAUAUCCUGUGGCAGGCUUGGUGAGCAGACAGGUCUCUAUAGCAUCAGACAGAGGUGCAUGACCACCCACCCCACAUGUGCUGUGACUGAGUUGAGUUGGUGUUGUGUGCACUGUAGUUUGCCAUAGCUUACCACAAGGGCCUCCAGAGCCUUAGGGGCUGAAUUCCUUACCCUGCCCUGCCUGAGGCUUUAGGUGACCUGGAAAAUGUUCUUUUCAGGCUGUCAGGGUCCCCCUCUUCUUCACACACCCACCCACGAACACUGUUAGCUCUUGAAUGCUUUACUCCACGGACAAGAAACGUCCUUUGAUUUCUACUGUUUACAAACAAAGCUCUCCCAGUCUUGUUGUCUCCCAAGUGUACUGGGCAAAACUGACCAUGGCUCCUCAAGCAGUGUUUGGUGUUGCCUCUCUGCAGGUGACCAAGCCUGUUCCUCAUUUUGUACAUUUCCCUCUGUUCUCUGUUCACCCGGGGGCAAGACAGCUGGAACGGAGGCAUUUUUUUUUUAAACUUGGCCUGCCUGCAAAGCUCCGGAAGCUGUGCCCAGCUUUCUGUUCUCUGCCGCAGCUCCCAGACAGCAGGAGAAGCUGGGUCACGCAGAGGCAGAGAGGAAGUGUCUAAUUAGGAUUGUGUGGCCCGGGUUUUGUUGCAUACCACAGAUUGUCUAUGUAUCAUGUAGUGCUCCCCCCUCUUGGUGCUAUUUCAUUCCUGAUGUUAGUAAAAGAAUGACAAGAAACGAUUCAUGUGUAGCCAACUGAUUGUGACGUCUCGUGGUCUGUGCUUGCUCAGAAAGCAAACCAACAGGUUCCCCCCACCCCCCAGUUAUAAAUAAAUGCUAAAGACGAACACCA